AUGCACGCAGAACAGAGGGAGUGGACAAAAACAUGUGAACAUAAAUAUGCUUAUUAUCCUAAGCUGUUUUUCACCCACAGGGUUGAGUUGACGCUGCUGGCAGCAGACUACAAAGCAGUGAACCUGGGACAGGGAUUUCCAGACUUCUCCCCUCCCAAAUUUGUCCAGGAGGCUUUUUGUGAAGCUGUGAGUGGAGGACCCCAGAUGCACCAGUAUACCAGAGCCUUUGGCCAUCCUGCUCUUGUAAAAAGUCUGGCUAAAUUCUUCAGUAGGAUUGUGGGACAUGAGAUUGAUCCUCUUGAAGACAUCCUGGUCACAGUUGGAGCUUAUCAGGCUCUCUUCUCUGCGUUUCAAGCUCUGAUUGAUGAAGGAGAUGAGGUGAUAAUUAUCGAGCCGUUUUUUGACUGCUACCAGCCGAUGGUGAAGAUGGCUGGAGGAAAGGCAGUUUAUAUACCUCUGAGACCUAAAGUUGAGGGAAGCUCCGUCCUGUCCAGUGCAGACUGGGUUCUUUCUGCUGACGAGCUCGCCAGUAAAUUCACUCCACGCACAAAAGCCGUCGUCAUCAACACUCCCAACAACCCACUGGGAAAGGUUUACAAGACUGAAGAGCUCCAGAUGAUCGCUGAUCUGUGCAUCAAACAUGACGUGCUGUGCAUCAGUGAUGAGGUGUACGAGUGGCUGACUUAUGAUGGAAACAAGCAUGUUAAGAUAGCCAGCCUUCCUGGCAUGUGGGAACGAACCGUCACUAUCGGCAGUGCAGGAAAGACCUUCAGUGCUACAGGCUGGAAGGUUGGCUGGGCUAUUAGUGCUGGACAAAUCAUUAAACGUCUGAAAGCCAUGCAUCAGAUGUCUGUUUUUGAUUGUGCAACUGCUGCUCAGGAGGCAGUAGCUCGUGGGUUUGAGAGAGAGUACGAGGUGUUUGGGACUCCAGAGAGUUACUUCCAGCAGCUGCCUGCGAUGUUGCACCAGAAGAGGAAGAAGCUGGCCUCGUGCCUGGAGAGUGUGGGUCUGCAGCCCAUCAUGCCAGAGGGAGGCUACUUUAUGAUCACAGACAUCUCCUCUUUCAAGGCGGACUUCAGUGACUCCAUGAGCAGCGAGGAUGAACCUUAUGACUUCAGAUUUGUUAAAUGGCUGACUAGGGAGAAGGGUUUAGCAACAAUCCCCGUCUCUGCAUUUUACAGCCCAGAACACAGAAAGGACUUCGACAGAUACAUCCGAUUCUGUUUUGUUAAGGAGGACUCCACUCUGGAAGCAGCUGAGGACAUCUUGAGAAAAUUUGGUCAAAGGCAAUAAAAUUGUCCAUAAAGU